UUGCUCUUGCUCCCUUCUCAUAAUCAUUAUUACUGCAAACACGCACAUUUUUCUACUGCCACUCCAAUUGAAAACGAAAUCGGAGGAGAAGAAUAAACCGGCGAAUUGAAUGGAAGUCGGCCUGAAUCUGAAGGCGACCGAGCUCUGCCUCGGCCUGCCCGGCGCCGCCGCGAAGAUCACGGGAAAGAGAGGCUUUUCCGAGACCAUCGAUCUCAAACUCAACCUCCAGUCAAACGAAUCUGACGCCCUGGAUCUGAAGGAAAACAUGCAGAAUUCCUCCGCUGAGAAAGCUAUGCUGCCUCCGAAGGAUCACAUCAAGCCUCCUGCCAAGGCACAGGUGGUGGGAUGGCCGCCGGUGAGGGCGUUUCGGAAGAACGUGAUGAGCCACCAGAAGAGCAAGGGCGAGGAGUCGGAGAAGGCGGCAUGCAGCGGUGGAGCCGCCUUCGUGAAGGUGUCGAUGGACGGCGCCCCCUACCUGCGCAAGGUCGACCUGAAGAUGUACAAGAGCUACCAAGAGCUCUCUGAUGCCUUAGCCAAAAUGUUCAGCUCCUUCACCAUGGGGAAUUAUGGGACAGAAGGAAUGAUAGACUUCAUGAAUGAGAGGAAAUUGAUGGAUCUGUUGAACAGCUCAGAAUAUGUUCCUAGUUAUGAAGAUAAGGAUGGUGACUGGAUGCUUGUUGGUGAUGUUCCAUGGGAGAUGUUUGUUGAUUCAUGCAAGCGUCUCCGAAUUAUGAAAGGAUCCGAGGCGAUUGGAUUAGCACCAAGAGCAAUGGAGAAAUGCAAGAGCAGAUGCUAAUGGAAUAUUAUGUGAUAAACCACUGGUUUGAUGAUGGUCAAAUUAAGUAUCAUUAUAUUUCGGUUUUUGUGAUUUUUUUUUUGUAGUUUUUUGAUGAAGUAUUGUCUGUAUCUUAUUGUAACAUAUAGAUAUGAAGGUUUUAUGGACAAAUUUGUAUUAGACAAGAAGCAAACGCAUCAUCUGUUGUCUGGUUUGUUAUGAUUAAAGUUUAUGACUCAUUUUGGUUAAUAAAUUGUUGAUUUGGCUGUCA